CUGGGAGCCAGUGGAGGGAUUGGCAGAGAGGGGUGGAGGACACUGAGUGGAGGCCAGUGGAGGGAUUGGCAGAGAGGGGUGGAGGACACUGACGUGGAGGCCAGUGGAGGGAUUGGCAGAGAGGGGUGGAGGACACUGAGUGGAGGCCAGCGGAGGGAUUGGAAGAGAGGGAUGGAGGACACUGAGUGGGGCCAGCGGAGUGGAAGAGAGGGAUGGAGGACAUGAGUGGGGGCAGUGGAGGGAUUGGCAGAGAGGGGUGGCAGAUACAGAGGUGGAUAUAGUGAGCGUUCAUGAUAGACUGAAGAGGGGAUAGCCUGAGAUGAGGUCGGCCAAUGAGGAGGGAGUUACAGUAGGGAGGUGGCACGGGCUGGGGG